AUGGAAUUAACAGCAUCCCUAGGAAACGGAGCGCUCACCAUGCAACACGCAAUGCAGCCCCAGCACUUCGGUGCGCCCCCGAGCUACCUCAAUGGCGGCCACAUCAAGUCGGAGAACGGCUCGGAGCGUGGCGUGUCGCCGCACCCGUCAGACUCGUCGCGCUACUCGUCGCAACAACCGCAGCAGCAACUCCCCUCGUAUCCCUCGAUCCCCCAACAACACAUGAACGGCCUGCGCUACCCCUCGCCCUCGCAAAUGCAGGCGCCCAUGCCCAUGCUCAACAACAGUAAUUACAUUCCCAACCCGCCAGAGCACGCGUACGCGCAGCAGCAGCAGCAGCAGAUGGCGGACGCGCAGGUCCAACACCAACACAACGGUGGGCGCCCCGCGUCGGACACGGGUCCACCUAAGGCCUUCGCGUGCUCGACCUGUGGUAAAGGCUUCGCGCGACGCAGUGACCUCGCACGUCAUGAACGUAUCCACAGCGGUAUCCGCCCUCACGUGUGCGACUACCCCAACUGCGGCAAGCAGUUCAUUCAGCGCUCCGCCCUGACGGUUCACCAACGUGUCCACACUGGCGAGAAGCCUCACAUGUGCGAGCGAUGUGGAAAGCCUUUCAGUGACUCCAGUUCGCUGGCCCGCCAUCGUCGCAUCCACUCCGGCAAGCGCCCAUACAAGUGCCCUUACGCCGACUGCCAGAAGACUUUUACGCGUCGCACUACCUUGACGCGUCACCAGAACCACCACACCGGCACUGUCGAAGAGGCCGCUGCCGCCACUGCUGCUGCGCUCGCAUCGCGUGCCUCGGCCUCGAGCAGGACCGGUCGCUCCGACGGUGGUGACUACUCCGAGACAGCAUCGCCGCUCGGCACUCCUUCGCCCAAUGACCGCAAUCUCUCUCUUUCACCCGCACAGGGAAUGCCUCCUGGUGGCAUGCCUGGCCUGCACCGCCAGGGCUCCGACUACGCCUACAUGGGCGGUAUGAACGUCCCUCCUCACAUGCGUCAUGAGAUGCCCCAGCCCAGCCCUCGUGCCUCCCCUGCGCUCACAGCUCAGUCAUACACAUCCAACGUGAGCGGCUCUCGCCCAGCGAUCACCUCUCACCCGACCGCCUACGGCCCACCGCCGAUUCUUGAGCCUCCUGCAUCUGCAAACCACAACCAGUCCGGAGGCACCACCAGCGCCAACGGCAGCCCUCACAUGUCCGCCAUGGGCUGGCAAUCACCGGGCCAACAGGCUCUCCCCUCCCCUGGCGCCCAAGACAAUGGCUACGUUUACCCCGAGCCCCAAUACCAGGCACAAAACGGCAUGUACUACCAGCAAAACAACAUCCGACGUCCCAACAGCACUGAGCCGGACCACUACAAUCCCAACCACCGCGAGAUGGGCAACGGAAUGUGGGCUCCUGCUGUCCAAUAG